CCCCACACUUCUCAGCUCGUGCAUAACGUCUCUUCUCCUGCUACUGUUCCGGAGUUCGCAUGGGUAAAGUUACAACGUUUAUGCCUUAGCUCGCGUGAGCAAAGUGCUAGUCAUAACAAUUAACAGAAGUGAACGUUCCGAGUUGUUUUUGACUAAAUGAGUGAACAAAAGAAUGAUUAAUUCGUAAGUCUGCUUGCAGCAUUUUGGUGAUUUGGUUGUUGAUAAACAGGGACCCGGCAGCGUUGCAACCUCUUCGACCAAGAAACCCUUUGCCGUCCACACCUUACAAAGGGCCCCAGCCGCGCCGUCCGCCGCUGUUAUGUCUACUGAGUGACGUGUGUGCAACGCACGUCAGCAGGCUAGUCACGAGAGUUCGACGUCACGCUGUCAGCCCCGCCCCUUCCUUGAACUGAGGCACACCCACAAGAGAGCGGAGAUGGUGAGCUCAAAGCGGAUUCAGGUGACCUUGACCGGAGGGGCGCCUUGGGGCUUCCGUCUAGCAGGAGGCGGGUCGCUGCCCCUCACCAUCAACAAGAUUCGCAAGAAGAGCCGUGCGCACACACAAGGCCUUUUGGAAGGGGACGCUGUGAUCUCCAUAAAUGGAGUCCCUGUGCAUGACAAGAGUCAAGACGAGGCUCUGGAGCUGGUGGAGAACGCUGGGGACAGCAUGGCUCUCGAGAUAUUCAGAGGAGAUGUGGAUGAGCUAAGUGCCACAAAGCCCAAGAAACCCAUUCAAAUUAUGGGCGGGGGAGCUGGCGAAGGAAACUCCGGGGGAGGUCUGAUCAUGACCUCGUCAAUGGGUGACGUCAGCAGUUCCGGUGUUGAUACGGUCCCAGACGCACCCUCUGAGCUUAUCCUUGUCUCCUCUGUGGACAACGUGACGUCAGACUCUUAUGACCAGCCGGCCGGAGACGUCACGUUCGGCGGCCUUCAGCUGACCGCUACCGUGGAUGACGUAUCAGGUUCCACCUUCAACACCGGAGAGGACACUUCAUCGUCUGGUCUCAUCAUGACGGCCUCCGUUGAUGACGUAACUUCGUCCACAAACGACCCUGUCUUCCUGGAGAGUAGCCCUGUCAUCUCGACUCAGUUCGGAGAUGUCACCUCCAAUGUUGAAGACUUCCAGUCAUCGUCAACUCUGACAGCAGUUAUGGCCGAACCCUUCACCGACUCAGCAAGGUUCAACGGCCCCUCACCGACAAGACUCAGUCCUUUACCGCCGAAAACGAGCCCCAAACCAUCAAAGAGUCCGAGCAUUAGCCCGCAACCACCUCCACAAAUCUACAGCCCCAAACCCACCCAAUCCCAAAGCCCUCAACCCCCGAAGAUAUACAGCCCUGUAGCCCCACCUCAAAGCGUGAGCCCAAAAGCUCCGCCAGUGAGCCCCAAACCCCAGGCGAGCGUUUCUCCCCUGCCGCAGCCUCGAUCUCCUCAACCCCCUCCCGUCAGUCCCAAACCGUCACGUACCACAUCUUCCGCGGCCACCGCGACUUUCGACGACGGUCAGACCCGGCGGGAGGUCACUCGUGAGCAGCACGUGACCAACAGCGAGGACGGGCGGAGCAACACGGUGGUGCAAAAAGAGACCACCACAACAACCUCCACCAACAAGCGCGGACCUUCCUUCGUCAAGAGCCAAGCAUCUGCCUUUAACUCUGUCCAGCCCACUUCUGCCCAACAGAUUUCACAACGUACUACCACAACCUCUACAACGGUCAAAUCAACCACUAACAACAACAACAAUAACAACAACAACAUCAACAACGGUAGCUUCAAGGUCGUCAAUAAUGCCAGCAAAGCCAGCAUACAACCCCCCACACCUCUGUCGGCUUCAACAUCAAGCAACUUUCUUCAACAGCGACCGCAACCAACCACCACCUUCAGCAGUAGUUUUAGCAGCGACACCAUUAGAAGCAACACGAAUGUGGCACCAGUCUUCAAGCCCACCAGAUUCGUGCCUGGCUCGGGGACAAAGAAGGAAGUGCCGGGCCUUUUCUCCCCGCCAUCGUCUCAGGCAGAGGUGAACGUCAGCACCACGUUCAUGGACGGCAAAGAGAACGUUUCGCCUCAGCGGAUGUUUCAGGUGAAAAAUAUCGUCCCUGGCAAGCCUAAGUCGAGCCGUAAGGAGAUGUGGAAGCCUAACGUGUGGCUGCCGGAUCAGAAGCCCAGCACACCAACUUCUGAAACAACCCACGUGGAUGACUUCUCUCCUUACUCCUCCUUCCCUGUGCCCUCCGUGAAGCCGGGAAUCUCGCUCGUGGAGCAGCAGAAGAGGAAACUGGUCCAGUCCCAGGUCUCCAGGAAUACUGACUACGAAGAUGAUUUUGACGACGAGGAUUUUAAUCACAAGUCGUCUCAUCGUCACUCCCGGCCGCACGUGUUCGCACCCCCCGUGGAGAUCCACGCUCGCUCUGACCACCCCGACUACGAGCCUUACUCACCUGAGGGGGAGCCUUACCAUGACGACGACUACUACUACGAAGACCCACUGCUGUCCAGCCCAGACUCAUCUGUCAUCCGCCGGAGAAGUCUUAAGAAGCAAUAUGCGGACUCUGCCUUCUAUAACACACCUGGAAAGAGUUAUCCAACCAUCGACGAGCAGAUGAAAUUAUGCAAGACAAUCGCCCAAUCGCUGACUUCCAACGCCAACAAACGGGCGCGCGGCGCCAAAAUGUUCAUGCGAAGGAAGCGGAAAUCUAACAAAUGGGUGCAUGAGGGCCACAGCGAGUGGUCGAGCUCAGCGGGUGACGUAGCAAACAUUCUGGAACUGGACAGCGAACUGAGUCCAGACGAGGGCGGGAACAAACCGCUCUUCUACUUCAAGAUCCCCAAUCUGAAGGGCCGCGCGGGAAAAGAGGGGAAACAAACCAAGAUGGCGCUGACCCAGGAUCAGUUUGAAAAGCUGCGGCUCUCGUCGAAGAAAUGUGAGCAUCGCAACGUGGCCCCAGACACAUGUUUCGACAUUGUUGCCGACCUCAAGGCCCAUAAAGGCCGCGGGGGACGCAUGUUCGAGAGGAGGAAGCAACGAUCUGAUAAAUUUGUCAUCGACGAGCAAAAUGCUCGAGCGAAGAUGCCGUCUGCUCGUCUGGAGAACGUGCUGUCUCAGCCCGUGCGUCAAGAGAAGACGCCCUGGGAGGCUGCCAUGGCGCACGGCGGAAACGUGGACGCAGCUUUCAACCACCUCUCUGAGAUGGAACGGAACCAGAAGCUGAAUCAGAUCCUGAAGUAUUCGCCCCCGAAGAAACUGCAAACCACGCCCCUUCCGCCGGGCGUCCAAUCAGCGCCUCUGCCGCAUAAUGUGUGCACGUCACUCAAAGGUGGGCCUGGCCCCACUUUGAUCAAGGGGAAGGACUUCAACCGUACUGCCCGGGGAUGGGGCGGAGGUGAUGAAUACCCAGUCGCCGAUCGUCUGCUUCACAUUUCGCCCACGAGAACCUUCGGACCGGACAGGACAACGGACCAGGUGGUGCCUCAGCAGCAGCAGCAGCAAUCGCCCCAGCAGCAGCAACAGCAGUAUGCCGACUACAACAACAGGGUCCGAGGUUGGCAAAAUCCUGGCCAGUCUCCCUAUGUGGGCGCCCCGGAACCGGCACCAGAGCCGGAACAAUGGGACUACAGGCGGCAACCGGAGUGGCAAGCACAUCAACCGGAACCGGAAGACUGGCGCGGCAACCAAUGGGGAGCGCCGAGCUCCGUCCGCCAACAACAACGUCCCGAACAGCAACGCCCUGUCAGCUGGCAGUCGGACGAUUAUGGUACCGUGUACAGGGAUGAGUACGACUACAACUACGUACCUGUUGACAACAGAUUCGGAUCUGGUGACUACCCACCCGUCGCUUACAUGCAGCCGAUUAUCCCAGGAACGGACUUGUGAUGUGAAAGUUUGGUCGCAUAGGGCCGUCUGUACUGUCGAGAGAACGUUUUAAGCUGGGCAGACUGAAUGAAAGAUGAGUUAUUCAGGAUGCUUUUGAUAACAAGCGUGUCAUUGAGCAGAACAAGGCGUGUGUAGGCCCAUACCUUGACAUUUCCCUUUACGAACAGGUGUGUCCUUUCCUGUUCAAUUAUCCACCGGAAUUUUUCUUCAUUAAACCCUUAUCGAGUACUACUCUUCCUCCCAACAACAAGUACAAACUCACUUCCCGUUGUUGACUCACCUGCUGAUGAAAUAUCAGAUGUACAAAGGCAUGGUAUGAGGUAGAGUAGACACAAACCUACUCGUGAGUGUGAAACGUUUAUUUGUUUCUUCUUUUAAAGACAGUUUGAUUCUCAAACUUUCGCCAGCAGUGUGAGAACUAUUGUUACAAUGAUGGGAGCUCUGUGUUAGUUGCAUAGAUACUGUUAGAUUACGAGUCAUUUGAUGCAGGUGUGAGAUUGGGAACAUCAUCCUGCUUCCUUUCCUUUAGUGAGGUUCAAGGCGCGUGUGUAACUAUUAAUUAAGUUCCUUGUUGAAAAGGAAAAUAUUACAGGGCAUGUUGCUAUAUUUAUUACUGCUGACGUUUAUUUAUUUCUUUUGACUAUGGUGCAAUUUUAAUGACACUCACUCCCUUACCAACCCUCCGCCCAAGUACCUUUUCAACGUAAUUUUGAUCACUCAGGACAGUGGUCUUAGCUUUUCUAUAGUUUUUUUUUCUCUGUUAACAUCAUAAUAGUGUUGUUAUUUCCUGCAUCUGCGCUGACUUCAGAAUGUACCUUUUGACACCCUCCGCCAUAAGAUGGAAUUGUUUGACACAUGAUUGUUGCUGAAAACCUUACCAAUAUGUCGUGUGGCCCGAUUGUCUUGUACAUAGUGUGCUCUUCCACUGGCGGACCUUCCCGAUGAGUAUCAGCCAGCAUGACCCAGCACAAACCUUUGGGCCAAACUAUAAUUCUAAAUUUUCAUUUGCCAACUUCUGUGAGCAAAAAGACGGGUUUUCCAGAUCUCUUACCAACAGAGAGAAGAAGAAAGCCCCUACACUUUUUCAUUCUAUUCAAGCGACUUUUGAUUACUCAGACGAGGAACAACAUUGGUUUCUCUCUACUGUUUACCCAGUAAUCACACGAAAAACGUAGCGUUACCAACAAGUUCACCAAAUACGUCGCUGGUCCAUUGCCAAGAAGAAUUCUCAAGCAAUGCAAUCAUCUGGUAGAGGAAUCAUAUUUUAGUCCACCUCAAGCAUGUAUUUUUUUUUUAUUGUCGUUAGAAUUAGUAUGAAAAUAGGCCAAUACUUGUUUAAUCAGUACUCACAUUGUAUGCGCCUUGAAACUAUUUCUUGAGUAGGCAUAAUUUAUUGUUUUGUUGCCCAUUUUCCCUUCGAAUUCAAAGAAACUGGCUGUCUAUUCAUCGGUUGUGACCGCAUUGUGCCUUAAUGCCCAUAGAUAUCUGUGUAUAGAAAGAGAAGUAAGCGUGCCCAAACAUGUCUGUUUGCUGUGAAAAUAUACAGAUGUACAUGUACUGUAGUAAUACAUUAUGAUGAAUUCUCAGUCGUUUUAUCCUUUUUUGUGUUAUAAAAAUAUUAUACUCCGUCCAUCCUGUAACUAAGUGUGUAGAUCAAGGACUUUAGACUCCUCCCUGCUUAAAUAGUCACGACAAGCAAAUUAAACGCAACAUCAUUUGCUUUGAAAACCCAUUUCCCAACGGAAUACGUGUAUGCAUCACAGCACAACGUGUUUUUCGCAUUUUUUAUUAUAAUGAAAUUCAAGAUGUACCGAACAUGUUUGUCCCUAUUUUAAAUCUCCACGUUUUUUUAAAGGUAUUUGUUCUUACAUGUUAUAAGUGCUGACCUUAGAGAUUACUUCUACUAACAUGUUUUGUUUAGAUUAAUUGUUAUGCCAUUUCAACGUAUGAAAGGAAAGUUGUUCAGAAUGCUGUAAAUGGUCCUCUACGUUCCAGCUCGAUAAUUACAAGCACUCUUUCUGACUUUGUGCUUCUGCGUGUCAAUGCUUACGUCAGGUUUGUUCUUCCCAUCUCAGUUACUGCCCUUCUGUUUUUUGUCUGUCAUUUUAUUUCUUUUGUAUAUUAUUUCUGUCUGUCUGUCUGUCGGUCUGUCUGUCUGCCUG